UGUGCAGAAUCCUCAAUUGGUGUAAUUCAGUUCAAUUGCAAUCUGUUUACUAUUUACAAAAUGGAAAGUUCGUUUGGAAACUAUCAAUGGAAACGAUACUUGCGUAUUUAAAUAACACAAAAAUCUGUAAUCAAUUUCAAUAUUUGUAAAUGGAAUUGAAUGAGUACGAAGCACAAAACAAUUGUGACCUCUGAGUGUAAUUCAUUUAAGUAUAGAGAGACAAAGAGACAAAUAUAAUAUGCAUACUAGAAUUGCAAUUGCUUUGCUAAUUGCAAUCUUCUGCAUUUGCAAUGGGCACAAACCGGUGGUCCUGCUUCAUGGGAUCAUGACUGGCAAUGAAAGUCUAGGAUUGAUCAAAGGACGAAUUUUAGAAAAACAUCCAGGCACUGUAAUUUACAACUUAGACAGGUUUGCUGGUUGGUCAAGUUUGGAUAACUUGUGGUUUCAAGUAAAUGAGCUUGGCAAAGAUGUAAUGGACAUAUGUAAAAGACAUCCUGAAGGUGUACACUUGUUGGGAUAUUCCCAAGGAGCAUUAAUUUCCCGAGUCAUCCUUCAAACCUUUCCACAACACAAUGUAAUCAACUUCAUAUCACUCAGUGGGCCUCAGGCAGGUCAAUAUGGAACAUCCUUUCUACAUAUCAUAUUUCCAGGGCUUGCCUUAAAAGGGGCAUUUGAACUGUUUUAUUCUCAUGUUGGUCAACAUACAUCUGUGGGCAAUUACUGGAAUGAUCCUUUCCAUCAAGAAUUGUAUUUCUCAUAUUCCCAAUUUCUUCCAUUUGUGAAUAACGAAAUUAUUACUAAUAAGAGUGAGACUUUCAGGGUUGGGUUGUUAAAGUUAAAUAAAAUGGUUUUAAUUGGGGGUCCUGAUGAUAAUGUCAUAACGCCGUGGCAAUCUAGUCAAUUUGGAUAUUUUGGAGAUAACGAUAGUAUAGUUGAGAUGGCAAACCGUGAUAUUUAUACCAAAGAUUUGAUUGGACUGAAGAGUUUGGAUAAAAAGAAGAAACUGGAUAUCAUCACAGUACCUGGAAUUAAUCACUUUAUGUGGCACCUCAAUAUAAGUAUUGUAGAUAAUUAUAUAUUGAAAUAUCUAAACUAAUUGUGAAAUAUGAUAUGUAUUUUUAAA